AUGGCCUCCUCAGCGCUUCCAGAAACUCUCCGCUCCGUGACCUCCACCAAAAUCCAGGAGGUCAGGAAACAGCGUGAUCACUUCGAGGCAUCCAAGAAGGACAUCAUCCGUGAAGCAAGACCAUUCAAGGACGACCUGGAACGCACGCGCAGGCUGUUGGUCGGUUCCUGUCGGCAAGCCGGCAUCACUGUUGUCAAUGACGACUCAUCCGACUCUGAUUCCGAGUCGGAACCUGCUUCUGACCUUGCACGAACCCGUCGAAACCAACAAUUGUUCCUCCGACAAGCUGGCAAAGAUCCUGCUUUCGCCAAUGAAAUCGUCCAUCGAAUCCAUGACGAGUUGGUAGAGCACCUCAGUUUGAGAAGUGUACAACAUGAGCACGCACAGUUCUUCUCUGAGCUCGUAACCGAAUGGCUUUCGAGCUCCACAGAUGUACAAACGCGCCCCUCGAAACAAAAUUUAAUGGAAGAAUCAUCAUUCGAGAGUGUUGGCCGAAAUGAAAUGCACGAACAGAGAGCGCAGUGGGAGUCCAUCGUCUUCACUGACCGCGAAACUGAUGACACAGCGAUUGGUCGCUACCUCCAUCAACUCUUCAAUUCAGACGAUGAAAUAUCCAAGCACUUCAAGAAUAUUGAGACUUCCACCAAGGCUUUUUGCAGGACUCUUCGCUCCACUGCUGAACUAUUCAGUGUAGACAGUCUCAAAGUCACAAUUACUGGCCUCCUCAGGACCGAUCUCUUAUCCGACGAGAAGGCUGCUAUUCUAAAGUCCUUUCAAAACAAUCCGGGUGUGCUCCAGGAAGUUGCCGACGUGUUGAAUAUGAGAUUUGCUUCUCUGGAAAGCUGGAAGUGGACGACCAUCGACGGUGCAAUACCUAUUGAACAGCGACGGCAGCUGAACGGGAAAUAUCGAGUGUUCAUGGAUGAGGAUGUCCUCGAUGCAAUUCUACUUCACACCAUUGGUAUCAAGUGGGCAGUCCAUUUCAAAUCCUGCCUCACGGAGUUCUUCCUCUCCCCUGCCUGGCGGACUGCGGGAGGAAGUAUUCCCAAGAAUGACUGGGAUCGGCGAUGGUAUUUCCUGGGUGAGAAGUCAGCUCCCCGCUACAACAGUGUGGAGGUGCAGCGGAAAGAUCAGUAUGGGGAGGAAUAUUUCAUGUCACAGCUACCAACCACGGAGUCAGAAGGCGCUCGAGUGUACAACGACGACGAGGGCCCAUUCUCAAACACCCCAGGCGUCCGUGAUGGGAUCAGUGAUGAUGGAUUGAACUCGGGUACUCUUAAGAAAGGUUCGGUCGCAACCAAGCAGGGUCUCCUCCACUUACUCAUCACUGAGGCUCUGGUCUCACAACAUGUCCGUCCAGGGAGUUCUCAUGCUGUAAUUCGUUCGGAUUUUCAAUGGUUUGGGCCGUCCCUCCCACACAACACCAUCUUCGCCGUGUUAAAAUUCUUUGGAGUCGGCUCGACAUGGCUAGAUUUCUUUCGGACAUUCCUGCAAGCCCCGAUGCGCUUCGAACAGGAUGGGCCAAACGGGCAGUACCAUGUUCGUCAACGAGGUGUCCCAAUGUCGCAUGCGCUCAGCGACGUCUUUGGCGAGGUCAUUCUAUUCGCCAUGGACUAUGCUGUGAAUAAAGCCACCCAAACUUAUCUCUACCGUCUUCACGACGACUUCUGGUUCUGGGGCACUGAGGAAGUGUGCUUGCGUGGAUGGGAUGCAAUGAGCACAUUCGCCUCUGUCAUGGGCCUCGAGUUCAAUGAAGAAAAAACUGGCAGCGUCGUGUUCGAUAAUCGCUCCGUUUCUCGACCCAUAAACACGCAAUUCUUGGGAUCUGAUCAAGAGAUGGAGUGCGAGAGUAUGGCUCCCCAAACACUUCGCUUGCCCAAAGGAGACGUACGUUGGGGUUUCCUGCGCCUAGAUGCCAACAGCGUCCGAUUUGUGAUAGACCAGGAUAUGGUCGAUGCACAUAUCAAAGAACUUCAGCUGCAGUUGUCCCAUUGCACUUCGAUAUUUUCGUACAUUCAAGCCUACAACGCGUACCUGGCUCGAUUCUUCAGCAACAACUUGGGGAAGCCAUCGUUUGCAUUUGGCCGCCAGCAUGUGGACGACAUGAUCGACACAUUUGCCAAAAUCCAGAAGGCACUCUUCCCAGGUGGUUCAGUGACUGACCAUCUCUCAAGCCUGGCGCAGGAGAGGUUCGGUGUCAAGGAUAUUCCUGAUGGAGUCUGGUAUUGGCCCAUUCAAAAGGGUGGCCUUGAGCUACACAAUCCGCUUGUACCACUCUACUGUAUGCGAGAAACGAUGCGUCAGUCCCCACAGACGAUUCUAUCGAAAUGCCUCGAGCGUGAGGAGAAGUCAUACCUCACUGCCAAAGCCGAAUUCGAAUCGGAGAUGAAGACUCACGGCCGAAAGACCUCCUACCCAUCGGGACUGCCUACCUUUGGCGACCAGUUCAUGCAGAAGGACGAAUACCUCAAGUACCGCGAGCAGCGAUCUAUCAACCUUUAUAAUACCUACUCUCACCUACUCGAGGUCCCUGCUGAGUUUCAGGUUCAUGGGACCAAUGAGACCACUGCGUGGCUGGACAAGCUGCCCUCGGCAACUCGCGGUCAGAAAUCGUCGUCUACGGGCAUUGUCAAAGCGUUUGAUUCUAUGAAUGCCUACUGGAAAUGGAUACUCGCAGUCUAUGGCUCCCAAAUUGUCGAAAAGUAUGGAAGCAUCCAAAUAGUGGAUGCGGCGCAGGUUCCUUUGGGUGUUGUGAGCGUAAUGAAAGGCGGCAGAGUUCGAUGGCAAGGCUGA